AGUCGAACGGAGAAGUCAAGCGACACUCGACGCGAUUUAGUGUUCACAAAAGUUUCUUAUGCUCAGCAGAGCGGACGUGUAGUGCGGCAAAAGUCAAAAUAUUAUAUUUAACAAAGCGGCAGGCUCCUCGGGCAGUAGCGAAAUUAAAAUAAAUAAAUAUCCAUACAAAUCCCCACCUGGACACAAACUCACUUACACUCGCACACACACCUGCACGCAUACAUAGAAAUUCACGCACAGUUCUUUUGCGGUAUUGAUUUCGAAUUGAUUUUUUUGUGAUUUUCUUUUGCAUUUGAGCCAUUCGCAUUUUCGAAACUCCUUGCGAAAUUUUCAUGUAGUUGGUGCGAACAAGAAAAAAUAUACAAGAUUUUGUGUUUUUUUGUUGUUUUGUUAUAUGACUUUCUGUGUUUUGUGCAAAUUAGUUUUGUGAAGUUUUCCGUGGAAAUCAGAACAUUUUUUGAAGAACAAAUUUUUUUGAACAGUGUUUGAAAAUAAUCGAAAAAAUUUACGAAAAUCUGCCUUUAGCUUAAAACAACGCAUCAAAGAGUGUAAGUUAACGGCGUUUUUUUUGGUUUUUGUUAUAACCUAUGAAAAAACUAAAGCAAUUUGAACAACCCAAAUUUUUUGCCCUGUGCUACGCAGCCAAACAUUUUCGUUUAUGUGAAACUGAAAAUUGAAAUAACUAAAUUUUUGUGUGCUCUAUUAUUAAAUCAAAAACCAAGUAAUUGUGAAAAUGGUGAAUAACAACAACAACGCUCAAGCUAAUGGCGGCAUAUCCAAUGGCCAUUUACCGAAUGGACAUUUGGCGACUGCAGCAGCGCCAGCACCAGCAGCAACGUCAACAUUGCAGUCCUUCCUUAGCAGCGCCUGGAGUUGGGCGGACGCCAUACGAGAUUUCAUGUGGUUUAUUAUCUGUUCCAUUGGCUAUAUUGUGCAGGAUUUGUACUACAUUGCCUUUGGUUAUCCCGAGAAAGAAUUGAACACAGAUAUCGCACUAAUAACUGGCGGAGGUAAUGGACUUGGCCGAUUGCUAGCUCAACGCUUGGGCAAAAUGGGCACCAAAGUGAUUAUAUGGGACAUAAAUAAGGAAGGCAUCAAAGAAACCACCGAAAUCGUCGAAGCUGAUGGCGGCUACUGCAAAGGCUAUGUUGUUGACAUUUCCAAAAAGGAGGAGGUCUACAAAGCUGCUGAAGUGAUACGGAAUGAAAUUGGAGAUGUGACUUUGUUAAUCAACAACGCUGGUGUUGUAUCUGGGCGCUAUCUCUUGGACACCCCAGAUCAUCUCAUUGAGCGCUCUUUCAAUGUUAAUGUGAUGGCUCAUUUUUGGACCACCAAAGCAUUCCUACCACAGAUGAUCGAGCAACAACGUGGACAUAUUGCAACUAUCGCCUCUUUGGCCGGGCAUGUGGGCAUUACGAAGCUGGUCGACUAUUGCGCUAGCAAAUUCGCUGCUGUUGGCUUUGAUGAGGCACUGCGUCUGGAAUUGGAUGUUCUCGGUCAUAGUAAUAUUCAAACCACCUGCAUCUGCCCGUUCUUCAUACAAGCAACCGGCAUGUUUGACGAUGUCAAUGCUAGGUGGGUACCCACAUUAGAUCCCAAUGACGUUGCCGAUCGCAUUAUACUGGCGAUCAAGAAGAACGAGAAGAUCACAAUCAUACCAGGCUACAUACGAUUUUUACUUUCGCUUAAAUGGACCUUCCCUUGGGGCUGCGUGGGCGGUCUAUUGCGCCGUCUUGUACCAGAUGCGGCACCGCAUGGCGUUGCUCAAAAACCUUUGGCUGUCAGCGGUGCAGCUUCAACAAAGCAGCAACAACAACAACAACAGAUGACAAGCAUUCCAGCAAGCAAAGUCACCCUUUCCAGCAUCUCACCGAAGCACUCCACCGAUCUGUGUGCCGAUUUCCGCGAAACGCUGCCGAAGACCGCCUCGUUGCUAGUGCAACGUACACCGUCGCUAGGCGAGCGUGUGCUCUGAAACUCGCUGCUGCAUUUCAGCCACGGCGGAAGGCGCAUCCGUCUAGUGAUAUUACGUUUACUUAGUAUUAUAAAUAAUUUUAAUUAGUUUAGUUUCCGUUGGCUAAGAUUUGUAUGGUAAUGAGAAUAUGUAACGAGAAGGAAAAUAUGUUUUUAGUUAUGGUACCUAAGCGAGUAAAGAAGUUUUUUUUUGUAGUUAGUUUAUCGUUUAAAUAUUUAUAAGUAUUUUAUUUUUAAGAAAAUUUUUUUGUUUUUUAAACAGUAAUGGGUGUAAGUCUAGCUCAAUAACCUCAAACAUAUGUAUUUUAAUCGGUAAAAUAAAAUCAAUUUAAUUGCUCGUGGUUGAUCGAAGCUUGUAAAACUUAGCUUUUGAUUGAAAGCUCAUUUGAGUGUAAUCUGAAUACUUGCAAUGCGGCUUUCUAGCCUUUUUCCGAUUUAAGUCUAAAACUUUAUCUAUAAGCUGAAGCAUCUGAAAAAGCUCUAAAAAGCGCAGAAAUUUUCGCAAUUUCAGCAAUUACAAUUUAAACGUAAUAUUUUGUCUUAAAAGUGAAAUAAAUAUAUUCAAAUACCUGCAA